AGAGGCGGCCUCGCUUUCCCGCCCUCUCGCUCCGCCCCCUGCGCGGCGCACCCUGGGGCGUUGCCAUGGCGACCCAGAGGCCACAGCCCGCCUGUGGCCGCACAGCCCGCUCGGUCUCCUCUGAGGACCUGGCGCGGGCGGCGACAGUGGCAAGUCAUGGAGCUUUCAAGAAACAACAUCGAGAAGGUCAGAAGGCACACGGGCCUCGGCCGUUGCAGGCAUUUCUUCUGGCUGGGGGUGGUCUUCGACACGGUGGGAGCGACCCUGCUGUUCACCGGGGUCUUCGCGCCCCUGCUCUUCUACGACCUGCUGCUCUACCUGGGUUCCAUCAUCAUCUUCUUCAGCCUGCUGUGGUGGUUUUUCUGGUACACCGGCAACAUCGAAGUGACUCCCGAAGAAGAGUCCUUGAAGAGGCCCUUCGACGUGCCCUCCUCCACCAUGGCGGGCGCGCUGAGCCACCGCCUCUCGCUCACCAUCUGCAACAUGUCCACCACCUUGACGCGGAUAAGGAGGCGCUGCGGUCCCGGGACGUCCCUUCUUAGACCUGCUUCCCUGAGUAUGACCGUCACGGGCCGGCUCGAAGACCAGCUGGGGAAGGAAGACCAGGGCAAAGACGGAACGACAGGUGCCCAGGAGAGCGGCGAUGCGCAAAACCUGUGCAGGGAGGGCCUAGGCCCCAAACCUGAAGCCGUCGGAAGUUCAGAGGGAGUUCGCUCACCAGGCCCUGAUGCUGGGUCUCUGGGCCCCCAGACUGGGCUGCCAGGGCUUGUGAAAAGAUCGUUUUUCACUCAUCUGGAGCCUCCUGAGUUCACUCCAUCUCUUCCGGACCAGGCUCAGCACCCAGCCAUCCUCUCCUCCAGGAGCCUGCCUGUAGUCCCCCCGGCCUCUACCCGCCAGCCUCUAGCCGUGCGUGUUUCCAGUAGCCAGUCUGCGGCCUCCUUGGUAGACAGCCAGCCUGCGUUCAUCGUUGCCUCUGAGAGUCAGCCUGCUGUCCCCUUGUCCUCAAUGACUCAACCUACAGUCGUCCUUGCCUCUCAGAGCCAGACUGCAGCGUCUGUGGCCUCUCAGAGCCAGCCCUCUGUGCCUGUGGCCUCGCAGGACCACUUCUUGGUUUCCAUGGCCUCUCGGGUCCAUCCCCUGGUGCCAGUGCCUGCACAGAGCCACCACCAAGUCCCACUAAGCCAGCUGGAGAAUCCUCCCUCAGCCUCCCAAACUCUGUCUUCAAGUGCUCAGGCUUCCCAGUUGGAGGCCCUGGCCACCCCUGUGUCUCUGAUCCAGCUCCUGUCAUCCCAGUCUUUUCAGACCCAAUCUGUGGACCUGCGGGUCUCUCUCGCUGUCCCGGACUUUCAGGCCUUCUAUCACAGCCAACAGACCGUCCAGAGCAUCUCUUUGGUCCAAGAGAUUGCUCCCAGCCAGUCUGCGCCUGUCCAGGAGUUUCAGAAGAAGCCAGUCCCACAGGCUUUUGAGACCACGCCACGAGCGGGCCAGGAGCUAAGUCAGGAAUUCCCUGCCACCUCGUCCCCACCCCCUGAGUCCCAGGCUCCAGCUUCUCAGGCCCAGCAAUCAGUGUCCCCUGAGAGCACACCCGCCCCUGCCUCAGAGAAGAAAAGUCGCCUUCCCUAGUACAGAACCAGACCCCAGCAGUCGGAGUGGCUGCUCAGGCCUCUGCCAAGUAAGUGCCUUUGGCAGAAUCUUCACCUGCAGUAUUCCUGAAUUGUUUCUGGGUCUGUCUUCUGAUGGAACAAUCCCCUCUGCUGGAAAAGAAUAAGUGAGUGGAGGUGGAGUGGACUGUUCCUUCAGGGAUGAGAUCUUUUCCACUUUGGUAGGGUUUUGAAACCUCGUGCUGUUAAGGUUUUACCUCUUCUUAUCUGAGAGUGAGAUCCUUUCUUACGUUUAGGCUUUGUAGGGACAGGGUGGCAAUUAAGACAUUCCAUCAGGAGCUGUGGGUGGGGGGAAAGGGACUCUGCACUGUUUCUGAAACAGGGUGGUUUUAGGUGGUACAGGGACGCAGCAUUAAAUAGCAGUGAGUCUUUCCGUGGGAAGGUUAUUCCCAUCUCAAUUCUUUAGCCGUCUUUUUUGAUUCUAUCAAGGAGAGCAUCCUCAGUGUGGAGUAAGUGGUCUCCAACACCUGUCCAACAUUUUGGUAGACAACAACUGCACCCAGCUAUUAUUUAAUACCAUGUGUGUUCAGGUUAUUUCAGUGGAUAACUUCUAUUUAUGCCGAGUAAUACUGGUUUUUCUAUUUACAGUAGUGAUAGUUGCUUUUCAAAAUACAUUUAAGUAAAAAAAAAAAAAAACACCACUUAGACAACUUAAACGUAAAACUUAAGUGUGUAGUGAAACUUGAAUGAUCCUCAAGUUUGGAAACAGUUUGGCUAUUUGUAAAUCCCAUGAGCUUUCUACUAAAUUGCAAGACCCUUUGGGCUAAACUGUUUAAUGAAUUCUGUGGUUGACGCUACUGAGGCCCAGUUGCACUUAACUCCCCAACCCCUUGUCAAUUAGAAAGGUAGAAAAGGUCAUGUAAAGGUCAGAAACGGUGAGCCUGCUUCUCAGUGGGUUGAGUGCACUGCUGAGUAUCCGUUUCCUGGUCUUUCUCUUUAAUCCUGUUCUAUAAAUUACCUACUCUGGAGGGGGAAUAUAGGGCAGAGCAGUAUUUGGAGGUAAUGUUAAUGCUCCUUGUCUAAAUGCUACCAACAUAUUAUCCAAAAAGGUUAUUUCAUAUUGGAUGGUUUCAUUUCCAGGGUGGGGUACAAUUGAAUAUUUGAUGGAAGUCAAACUCUUGAUUUCCUUAUAAUUUUCUCCAGUUAUCCUUCAAGAGAAUGUAUGUAGGUGUAUAUGUGUAUACACUCGUAUUUAUAUGUGUAUACACCUAUAUAUAUUCUGUAGAUAAUCUACAGGGACAGAGCUUUCUGGCUCUUUUGGUUUUGUAAAGUUUGGACAUUUGGAUUUUAAAAUGAAAUAAAUUCAGUGACUUAUGUUUAUGUCUAUUAAAAAAAUGAAAAAGGAAAACACUAACAAACCACAGUAAUUACGGAAAGAAAAGAUUUAGUGUGACCAAAAGAGAUCGUUAAUUUUUUUUCCCAUUAAUCAUAUCCUUUCAGGUAAUUUAUAUGGUUGAAUUAAUUCUCAGUGUAAUUCCUGAAGAGGGCUUGAGCACUUAACUAACUGCCAGGAAUAUUGGUAAACACGUAUAAAGAUGAAAGGAUACAGGCCUUGCCAUCAGAAGGCUUGUUAUAGACUUUGUUCUCAAAGGAACAACUGUAAAGAGGAGAAAAUUGUAGACAAGAAAGGAAAAUGGGUUUACCUAAUAAUUCUUAGUGGAAGAAUUAUUUUUUGAUGGGAAAAGCCUUGCAGUACCCUUCAAGUAAUCAUUUCACUGACUUUCUAGUCAGGGCUAGGCAUUACGUGAGGCCCUGGGGAUUCAGAGUUAAGUAAGAGGCAAUAGGCCAAUAAUUAGAUGAUAAUUGCUAAGGUCUCUCCCGGUUAGUUCUGAGCUGAAAACAGACCUCUUAGACAUUAGCAGCAGUUUCUAACCCAAGUGUGGGCUCCAUGGGCAUUCAUCUUGGAAAAACUUUCAGGUGUUUAUUUACUUGUACAUAACUUUUUUUUUUUUUUUUUGCUACAAAAGUGACAUCAGGUAGAAUAAACACCAAAUGUUAUGACACAUUUCUCUAUACUGACUGUAUGAUACAUGCUAACCUAAACCAAGAGCUGACAGAUUUUUUUCUAUAAAGGCCCAGAUAGUAAAUAUUUUAGGCUCUGUGGGCCAAGAAGCAAAAUCAAGGAUAUUAUGUGGCUGUUUAUAUAAGAAGAGAGAAAGCUGCCCCCGGUUUGCCUGGGUAGGCGGUAGAGUUACUUGACUCCAGUUGGAAUCAUCUGGAGGCAUCCGCCUAAGAGCAAUUGGCCUGUGACAGAGGGUGAGGGGCGUGACCUGGCCUGUCAGGCCUAAGGCCAACCCUGUGGUUUGCUCUGCCCCAGUGAUACCUGGACCUGAGGGUGGGAUUGUCUGCUCUCAGAGAACCUGGCCCUGUCAUCUCGGUCCGCUGGCCUAAGAAGAGGCGAUUUCCACAGUCUCUUGACUCCCAGAUUGCGAUUCCACUGGGUGGUGCCUGGCAUUUGCCAGUAGUGGAGUCUAGAGUGUGUAGGUGGUGGCGUUCAGGCCCUGAGCAGACCACUGGCCAGACAGGCAGGUAUUGGGAGGUCUGGGGGGAGCAGGGGUGGAAGCCGAUGCCCAGGUUGGUCUUUGAAGCUCACAGUGCAAGGCCACAGCAACACAAAAACGCAGAGUGAGGAGGGGUGCUCCUGGUGUCUGGUGGGUGGAGGCCAGAGGGGCUGAGCACAACACACAGGGCACUGGCCAGCCCGUCACAACACAGAAUUAUCCCACCCAAAAUACUGUUACUGUGGGGAUGGUGAACCCUGAUCUAGAAUAAUUUAAAAAAAAAUUGAUCUAUAGUUCAUGAGGUACUUAAGGAAAAAUCUUUUUAUCCUCAGAGGACUCGUUAGCUCUUAAAUAGUCGUGGUAUCUUCUAUAGAGACCAUGAAGAUUUUAUUCACCUUUGUUUUAUUUAUCUUUAUAUUCCCAUUUUGAAUCAACACAGACGUGGGGCCAUUUAUUAAUAACAUACAGCUAACAUUUAUUGGGUGUGUAUAAUACACUACACACUGUACUAAGUAAUUUACAGGCAUUGUCUCAUUUCUCUUAACAAUUAGGUAGGCACCAUUAUUAUGUCCACUUCAAGGAGGGUAGACUUGACAUCGAUUGAAAGGUUAAGGCAUUUUCUCAAUGUCACACAAAUAGUGGAGCUGGAAUUAAUGUGCAGUUGAUGUAUAAUUUGUUAAAAGGUGUAGAUUCUAAGCUUUCCUUCCAAGUUAAAGUUAUUAAUGAGCCUUUUUUUUUUUUUGUAAACCUAUCAAUUGUAACAAUCCAGAUCAGUCUGUGGGUGACUUCCCUACCGAAAGCUUUACUCCCAGAGAGAGAAUGAAAAUCAAGAAUUGUUCUGCUCUGUUUAUACAUACCAUCUCACAUAAAAAUUGCUUUUUUCUUUCAAGAAUCACCAAUGUUUCUACAGAUUUAAGUGCCAGCUUUAUAAAAGCACAAAUACUUACCUUAACCUCCUUUCGGAAACCUCCGUGUGGGGCCCUGACCUAUCACAGACCAGCAGACCUACUACACUGCCUUUGCUAAGUGUGCGUGUGUCAGUGUUGGGGAGAGUUUUCCAGCUUCAGAUCAUAAAGUUCUUUAUUGCCAGAAUUUUAAGCCAUAAUAAACUAUGCUAUUCCAAAUAAACUUUGUUUUAAAACAAGUUGGUUUUUAUUUAUU